GUUUGCGCAGCCAAACCUACAACAUUUUAGCCUUUUUCUAAAUUUUUAGGACCAUUUUUAUUUUUUACCAAAAAUGAAAAAUAUUCCUGUAGUGUUCAAACAUGGAGUUUCUUAUACAACCAGAUUCGUUUCCAAACUGCCCAGGUGUACAGAUAUACCCCGUAUCGACCAUAAAGGAAAGGAUGCGCUUGUUUGGAAUUUAUCCCUAAGCAGGCGAUCAAAAGUGGACAAAUCAGAUGGUGACGAUAAAGGGAAGGACAAAUGCGCUAAAGAUGCAAUCGCUGACAGGAAUAUUAUCUUUGUUGCUGGACUCGGUGGCAUUGGAUUGGACACCAGCCGCGAGAUUGUCAAGAGUGGCCCAAAGAAUCUGGUAAUCCUGGAUCGGUUAAAAAAACCAGAAACUAUUGAUGAAUUAAAGGCUAUAAACCCAGAUGUUAACGUCAUAUUUUAUCCAUAUGACGUAACCGCUCCAUUAAAGGACUCUGCAAAGCUUAUGAAGAAAAUCUUUGGCAAAUUGAAGAAAGUGGAUCUCCUUAUCAAUGGCGCUGGCAUUCUUGACGAUCACCAAAUUGAGCGUACCAUCGCGGUAAACUUUACAGGCACAGUGAAUACGACCACUGCCAUCAUGCCAUACUGGGACAAACGCAAGGGCGGCCCAGGAGGUGUGGUUGCCAAUAUCUGCUCAGUGACUGGUUUCAACGCAAUCUACCAGGUGCCCGUAUACUCCGCCUCAAAAGCAGCAGCUCUUAGCUACACAAUGUCUCUAGCAAAACUGACGCCCAUUACAGGCGUAAAAGCCUACUCCAUCAACCCAGGUAUCACGAAGACGACGUUGGUCAACAAAUUCAAUUCGUGGUUGGAUGUGGAGCCUUGUGUUGCCCAGCUGCUUCUAGCGUAUCCCACACAAACAACUAAACAGUGUGCUAAGAACUUUGUCAAGGCCAUUAAGAAGAACAAGAAUGGUGCUAUCUGGAAAUUAGACUUGGGUUGUCUGGAAGCCAUCAAAUGGACCAAGCAUUGGGAUUCGCAUAUCUAAUCUUAUAUUUCGACCAAUCGGAAUUUAGUAGGGACUAGAUUUCUUUUUACUAGAAAGACUUACACGAUUUUAAAAUCGUGUAAUAAAUAAAAUUAUUUUAUGAACAGUA